CACCGACUCUCCAUCAACCUCGCAGCCACUGCGCCCGUAGUCGUCACUAUGGAGAGCUCACGAGGACCUCCACGCGUCAAGAACAAGGCCGCGGCGCCCAUCCAGAUCUCUGCCGAACAGCUGCUCCGCGAAGCUGUCGACCGUCAAGAUGAGAAGCUCAAGGCGCCAACGCAGCGCUUUGCUGACCAAGAGGAGCUGCGGGAGUUUCAAGGGAGAAAGCGCAAGGAGUUUGAGGAUUAUGUUAGAAGGAACAGAAUAAAUAUGAACAACUGGACGAGAUACGCGGCAUGGGAACUUGAACAGAAGGAAUACAGGCGUGCGCGGUCCGUCUUUGAGCGAGCGCUGGAUGUCGACAGCACGAGUGUUACGCUAUGGCUGAGGUACAUUGAAGCCGAGAUGAAGACGAGAAAUAUCAACCAUGCGCGCAACCUCCUGGAUCGCGCUGUCACCAUUCUGCCGCGUGUCGAUAAACUGUGGUACAAAUACGUGUACAUGGAGGAGACCCUUGGCAACAUUGACGGUGCGCGGUCCGUCUUUGAGCGGUGGAUGCAGUGGGAACCAGAAGAGGCCGCCUGGUCAUCGUACAUCAAGUUGGAGAAGAGACACGGCGAGUUUGAAAGAGCUAGGGCAAUCUUCGAGCGCUUCACUGUCGUGCAUCCAGAACCGAAGAACUGGAUCAAAUGGGCAAAGUUUGAGGAAGAGAAUGGCACCAGCGAUCUCGUCCGGGAUGUAUAUGGCACGGCAGUGGAGACGCUCGGCGACGAGUUCAUGGACGAGAAGCUUUUCAUGUCCUAUGCGAAGUUCGAAGCGAGGCUGAAGGAGUUGGAGCGGGCACGCGCCAUUUACAAGUUCGCUCUGGACAGGAUGCCACGUUCGAAAUCGGUCCAUCUCCAUCGAGCUUUCACCACGUUCGAAAAGCAGUACGGUGAUAGGGACGGCAUCGAGGACGUGAUUUUAUCAAAACGAAGAGUACACUACGAAGAGCAAAUUAAGGAGAACCCCAAGAAUUACGACGCUUGGAUCGACUUUGCGCGGUUAGAAGAGACGUCUGGAAACACCGACCGCGUACGAGACGUAUACGAGCGAGCCAUAGCACAGAUACCGCCGACACAGGAGAAACGACAUUGGAGACGCUACAUAUACAUUUUCCUAAAUUACGCCGCGUGGGAAGAGAUAGUCACAAGAGACAUCGAACGGACAAGGCAAAUAUACCAGGAGUGCAUUCGUCUCCUUCCACACAAGCGCUUCACUUUUGCGAAGGUUUGGUUAAUGUUCGCUCACUUUGAGGUCCGUCAAGGUCAGCUUACGACCGCAAGAAAGCUUCUCGGUCAGGCAAUCGGCAUGUGUCCAAAAGACAAGCUAUUCAAAGGCUACAUUGAGCUGGAAAUGAAGCUCUUCGAGUUUGGCCGGUGUCGCCAGCUCUACACAAAGUGGAUCGAAUGGAGCGGCACAAAUUCGCAAACAUGGAUCAAAUUCGCCGAACUCGAGCGCGGGCUUGAUGAUCUGGAACGCGCGCGCGCAAUCUUCGAGCUUGCUGUCGAUGAAUCGCAACUCGAUAUGCCUGAACUCCUGUGGAAGGCAUAUAUUGAUUUCGAAGAAGGGGAGGGCGAGUACGAGCGGACUAGGGCGUUGUACGAGCGUCUGCUACAAAAGACCGACCACGUCAAAGUCUGGAUAUCAUGGGCACAAUUCGAAAUCGGCGUGCCAGACAGCGACGCUGAUGAAGAUGAAGAUCGCCCCAUCUCAGAUGAUGCAAAGGCACGCGCCCGCGCCAUCUUCGACCGUGCUCACCAACGUCUCAAGGACAAGGACCUCAAAGAAGACCGCGUCGCUUUACUCAAUGCAUGGCGCUCUUUCGAAGCCAUACACGGUAGUAAAGAGGACCAAGAAAAGAUUGAGAAACAGAUGCCGAGAAAGGUUAAGAAGAGGAGAAAGCUGGACGACGACUCGUUCGAGGAGUACGUCGACUAUGUCUUCCCGGCCGACGACGAGAGCGCGGCCAAAUUGGCCAAACUCAUGGCCAAUGCGCAGAGGUGGAAGAUGGCGCAAGCGCAAGCGCAAGCUGGAGAGGGGCAGAAUGGCGCUUAGGCUGCGUGUGUAUUGUGGGGAGAGGCAUGGUGUUAGGUGAUGUAAUUGUACGGAUAGUCGGUUACUAUAGCGAUUCUAAUAGGACCCCAUGCCUGGAUUUAUUCCAUGCAGAAU